CCUGUUGCUUCCUUUUCUUCUCGAUUGCAAAAUAGCGGAUCAAACGGUUGUUCGGCUGUAAGCGAGCGAGUCGUGUCCUUUUGUUGUGUCCGCAAGGAUUAAAAAGAAGCAGCUUCUUUUGCGCAACUAGUUAGAUAUUUUUUAAAUUUCAUUUUCUUAAACUGUUUCGGAAGAAGCCGGAAGUGCCUUUACGUGUGUUUUUAUAAUUAAGUUUCUUUUUAAUAAAUUUUUCCGAUAAUUUGGUUUCAUCUAUUUUGCCCCUAGAUCAUGGAUGCAGAAAACGCAGGAGCCCCUCAGAAUCGGUUGUCGGCCUACAAACAUGGAGCUAAGAGCAAUGCGGAAAUGCGUCAAAGACGCCACGAAGUAACGGUAGAGCUUCGCAAGAACAAAAAGGAAGACCAACUGUUCAAGCGUCGUAACAUCAACAACGAUGAGCCAACGGUCACCUCGCCGCUCCAAGAAAACAAUGCCCAGAGCCCGAUCGUGCUCAAGUUUGAGGAAAUCAUUAGCCACAUCAACAGUGGCAAUGCCCAGAAGGAGUUUGUGGCUGUGCAAACGGCCCGUAAAAUGUUGAGCCGUGAGAAAAAUCCUCCCAUUGAUAAGAUGAUCGGCUUGGGUCUGGUGCCGAUCUGUGUGAAAUUUUUGGAGAAGAGUGACCGGGUAGAUUUACAGUUUGAAGCUGCCUGGGCUUUGACAAACAUUGCCUCAGGAACGACGGAACAGACAAAGGCCGUGAUCGAUGCGGGAGCCGUUCCCAGAUUCAUCGAUUUGCUAAGUUCCCCUUCGCCAAAUGUGGCUGAACAAACAGUAUGGGCCUUGGGUAAUAUUGCCGGUGAUGGUUCGAAAGCACGAGAUAUUGUGCUUGAAUACAGCAGCGUAGAAGCCAUUAUUUAUCUGGUACAGAAUCCAAACACGCAGCUAUCGUUCCUUAGAAACAUUGUUUGGUUGAUGUCUAACUUGUGCCGGAACAAGAACCCUCCGCCUCCGUUUAUUCGAGUUGAACCGAUGAUCCCCAUUCUGUCACGACUGUUAGAGCAUGAAGACUCCCAGGUGCUUGCUGAUGCAUGUUGGGCGCUGUCCUAUGUCACCGACGACGAGGCGGUUAAGAUCGAACCCGUGGUAGCGUCGGGGGCUGUUCCACGAUUAGUACGUUUACUGUCCUGUGACAAUCCGGCUAUCAUCACCCCAGCAUUACGAAGUGUGGGCAACAUCGUCACCGGAAAUGAUUCUCAAACUGACGCCGUUCUACAGGCCGGUGCUCUCAUGAACUUGGGUAAACUUCUGCGGAAUAGCAAAAAUAGCAUUGUUAAGGAAGCUGCCUGGACUCUCUCGAAUAUCACAGCCGGAAAUCAACAACAGAUUGCACAAGUAUUCGAAUCAGGAAUCCUACACAUUCUGAUUGAAGUGCUCAUUAAAGGUGAUUUUAAAUCACAAAAAGAGGCAGCAUGGGCCAUUACCAAUACGACGACCGGUGGCUCGACCGAACAGAUUAUCCAACUGGUGGAAAAGUAUCCAAUGAUGAAACCCUAUUGCGACCUGUUGGACGCAAAAGAUAGCCGAAUAGUCAGAGUAGUACUGAGUGGUAUUAAAAAUAUCUUCUCUAUGGCUGAAAAAAUAGGAGGAACGGAAAAUUUGUGCACGCUUUUCGAAGAAAUCGGGGCCCUCGAUAAACUAGAAGCGCUACAAAAUCACGAAAACGAGGAGGUCUACAAGGAAGCUUUCAUGCUCAUUGAAACCUAUUUCACAGAUGCAGAGGAUGUAAAUCCCGAGUGUGCCCCCAAAGAGGUGAAUGGAGCGCUCGAGUUCAACCCGAGUGCGCAGCAGAAUGGGGAAAAGUUCUCCUUUUAACGAAAAAGGGAGUCGAAAAACAUCAACAGUUGGCACAAUACCCUUACAGAAAGCAUUCGCAUCAGUCGAAAAAAAAAAUAUAAAAACCAUUUCAGUAAAUCAUCCUAUAAUAGCAAAAAGUGAGAUCAAGACUGCGCAAAUUUGUGGAUAGAAAGUUUUCCCAUCAUGCUUUCGCGAACUUUAUAUGCACUACGAAGGCACCCUUGUCGUGUUUUUUUUUUAUUUCGAAUAUCUCCCGUUCGCCAGGCCAAAUCGGACCGUUUCGUUAGGCUUUAGUGAUAAAUUGAAUUGAAUGUACUUUCUUUUGAUACCGGCUAUUAAAAGUAAGCUAUACCUUUGUUA